AUUGAAUCGAAAAUCAAUAAAUCUCUUCUCGAUAAAUGUUAUUUUAGUUACAGUUCAUCAUACAUUUACGCACUUUGUUAUUUUGAUUUUUGAAUUUCAAUCGAUUGACGUCAAUUUGAAUAUAUUCGACGUAAAUCUAGUUCUAGGAGUGGCAGUUUUAUCUUUAUCUACACUACUAUUGGAUACUAUCUAGUUAGAAAAUAUAUAAUAUGUCAAUGUUUGUAUGAUCUUUGAAAGAUUAUCCAAAAUGAUAAUAUACUGAUAAGAACCAUAUUUUAUUUUGAUUUUAAAUUGUUCUUAGUACAGUGAUUGCUCGAACAAUGACAGUUUCACUAGAAUAUUCAAAUUCUUCUAUAAGCAGAAAAAAAUUAAGAAAUUAUGCAAGAAAGGCAUGCAGUACGAAAACAUUGAAAAAACGUGUACCAAUCACUGAAUGGCUACCCAAAUAUAGUUGGUCUUUCCUCAUUCAAGAUAUAUUAGCAGGAACAACAGUUGGACUCACAGCCAUAUCUCAAGGCAUAGCAUACGCAGUCAUCGCUGGUUUAUCACCGGAAUAUGGGCUCUAUGCAUCAUUAACAGCUGGCUUUGUUUACAUCAUAUUUGGAAGUUGUAAAUAUGUUACAGUGGGACCGACAGCAAUUGUUUCAGCCAUGACGGGUAAAUACGUGGCAGGUUACUCACCAGACUUUGCAAUUUUAGCAGCGUUCUUGUCUGGUAUAUUAAUAUUAUUGAUGGGUAUUUUCAAUCUUGGCUUCUUAGUGGAAUUUAUAUCAAAGCCAGUGAUUAAAGGAUUUACUACAGCUGCAGCUCUUCAAGUUAUCUCAUCACAACUCAAGUCUUUAUUUGGACUCACUGGUGCAUCUGGAAAUUAUUUUGCAGAAUCUGUGUACAAUUUUGUGGUCAACAUCAGGACCGCUACUCUUUGGGAUCCAGUGCUGGGUAUUAUUACUGUUAUCAUUCUCAUAAUAUUGAAGAAAGUUGGUGCAGAUUGUAAACGUACUGAUGACUUAUUGAAACAAAUAAGAUGGUUUGUUUCACUUGCUCGAAAUGCAGUAGUUGUAAUUGUUGGAAUGGUUGUGGCCUACAUUAUAAAAAGGACAACAGACAAUGAGCCUUUGGCUUUAGUUGGCGAUAUUGAUGGUGGAUUACCUACGAUUGGAUAUCCACCAUUCAACACAGUAGUUGGUAACGAAACAUAUUCAUUUUUAGAUAUGCUACAAACUUUAGGUCCAAAAUCGAUUAGUCUGCCUUUGGUUAUAGUUCUCGAAUCAGUGGCUAUAGCAAAAGCUUUUUCUGAAGAUGGACGAGUAGAUGCUACUCAAGAAAUGAUUUCUCUUGGACUUUGUAAUAUUAUUGGAUCAUUUGCAAAAAGCAUGCCAAUAACAGGAGCGUUCUCUCGAGCGGCCUUAAAUUAUGCAUCUGGAGUUCAAACACAAGCUGGAGGUGUCACUAAUUGUAUACUUAUAAUCGUAGCACUUACAUUAUUGACUUCUACAUUUUAUUAUAUACCAAAAGCAACUCUAUCUGGUUUAAUAAUUGUAGCUUUGUGGACUAUGGUCGAUUAUGAAAUAUUUAUUAAACUCUGGAAAGCUAGCAAAAGAGAAUUCAUUCUUGCUUUAAUAACUGUAAUUGUAUGCUUAUGUGUAGGUUUAGAGUACGGAAUCGUUACAGGUGUCACAGUUGAAGCAUUGAUGUUAUUGUUUAGUCAAUCAAGACCAUCAAUUGAAGUAAAUACAUUAAGGCAUGCCACAGGAGAGAUAAUUGUUAUACCUUUACCAGAAGUAGUAUCAUACUGUGCUGCUGAACAUCUAAGAAGGUUACUCUUAAAAGUUCCUCUAAAAUCAAACACCGAUUGUACAACUGUCAUUGAUGGAGCUAAUCUCAGAAGUAUGGAUUCUACUGUAGCUGCAAAUAUAUUAUCUGUAAUUGAAGAUUAUGAGAAGAAAGGACGUCGUAUUUGGCUUUUAAAUUUUAAUUGUAAUGUAGAAAAAUUGUGUCUUGUUCUUAAUAGUAAUAUAUCUGACAAAUUUGUCAAUGUGCCAAAUGUACUAGACUUAGUUAUACCAUUUCAUAAAGUGUAAAAAUUGACGUUUAACACUUAAGAUUAAGAUUGUCAUGAGAUAAAACAGAAAAUAUAAAUGUG